CAAAAUUGAAAUACAUUAAUGUGUUAGUGAGAAGUCCGAUGUUGGAUCAGAUCACCACAACCAUCAAUGGUUUGGUUACGAUCCGGGCAUUCAGAGCAAAGGAUCAUUUCUUGAAAGACUUCCAUCGCUUUCAAGACAAUCACACCACCAGUUAUGUCAUGUGUUUCUCAGCCUCCAGAGCUUUUGGUAUGGGCGGAGGAACGGCUGGUCUUAUAUUGAAUACAACUAUGGGUUUAAUGCAUACCAUUCAGUAUGCCGUCAGAAAUGCCGCAGAUUUGGAGAAUCAGAUGACAUCAGUUGAACGGAUCCUCGAAUACAGUGAACUCGAGUCGGAAGAGUCGCCUAAAGAGGCGGACAGUCGUCUCAAUGUAUGCCCCGAUUGGCCACUCGAGGGAAGCAUUCAUUUCCAAGACGUUUGUCUCACUUACGAGAACUCAACGAAUGAGACGUUAAUUGAAAUCAAUUGUCAGAUUAAAGGCGGAGAGAGAGUGGGAAUCGUCGGCCGAACCGGCGCUGGAAAGAGCUCUCUAUUGGCGGUACUCUUCCUUCUCGUCAAAGACCUGAUCCGAGCCCUCAGGUAA